AGACACAGCUACUACUACUACCACCACACCAACAGCAGCAGCAGCAGCAACAACACCAACAACGUCGUCAUCGCCAUCAUUGUGACUGCCACUGCCGCCGUCGCCGCCACCACCACCACUGCUAUUACUACUACAACACCACCACCACCAAUAACAACAACUACACCCACCUGCACUGCCACCACCAUCACCACCACCACCGACUGCACCAUCACCACCACUGUCCUUGUUGGCGGUGUUGCACAACCCCGCCUCCUUACCCUCCUCCUUCUGUUGCCUCUGUCAAUCACCUCCCUCCCUAUCUUUGUCACAGUGUUUGUCACAGUCGCUCCAUUAUUACAUAGCUAGGCCUCUUCCCCACCACCCACCACCACUAACACCUAUAGUACUCUUAUUACUGCUGAUAUUACUGAAAAACUGUCUGGGACAUUACUGCUGGCCUCAUAGGUUGCACCACCACCACCACCAAGUGGUGAGGAGGUGACAUUGGUGUUUUGUUCUUUCACACACACACACACACACACACACACACACACACUGUGUGUCCAACUGACACACGGAGAUUUCAACUAGUUCCACAUCCCCCCCACACACCCUGCUGUUUCCUUAAAAUAUCCAACCAACGAACCAGUCAGUUGAGGAAAGGAACCCAACCACCCGACCGACCGACCAACCAACCCUUAAUUAUUUGUCUUGGAGGGGCUACAGCUCACCACCGAUUGGCUUACCGGAUGAGAGCAAGACUGAAGAAUGUUGUUCUUUUGCUGGUCAUGGUCUUCGUUUUGCCCAUAUUCUUCAUGGUGACCCGACCAGAUGGUCAAUAUGAAGCAUUAUUGGAAAAAAGGUUUGCUGAACUGCAUGCACGGCUAAAAUUUGCUGAAUCUCUGAACAAGCAGAGAAAAAAUGACAUUCACAUACUGCGUAGUCAGUUCACCUACCUCUUGCAGUCCGUGCUUCACAGCAAUGUUUCAAACAAGUCAGUCCUAAUUGAGAAGUUUCCAAGUGAUCUCCAAACAGCUCUGGUCAACUUCACUGACCUUUAUGGCCAGUCCUCUAUCCAUUUACCUAGUCUUUUCACCUAUCUCCCUCAUCUGUCUCGCAAUCCAAAUGGCAUGAGACCAGCCUAUAAAUUGUCUCGCAACCGCUUUGGAGUUUCUAUGGUGUUUGGCAUUCCAACGAUAAAGCGAGACAAAGUCAGUUACCUGCGUCGAACGUUGCAUUCACUGAUUGAUGGACUUAACGAAGAAGAAAGAGAGGACUGUCUAAUUAUUGUGUUCGUAGCUGAGCCAUGGAACCUACAAUAUGUCAAAGAAGUUGGAGAUCAAAUUUACAAAGAGUUCCACUCAAGUGUGGACAGUGGUCUUUUGGAAGUGAUCAGUUCUCCACCUGAAUUUUACCCAAAUUUAGACAAUUUAAAGAGAACACUUGGAGAUUCCCAAGACAGAGUUCGAUGGAGAACAAAACAAAACUUAGAUUUCUCCUUCCUCAUGCUCUACGCUAAAAGUAAAGGUGUUUUUUAUGCACAGCUUGAAGACGAUGUGAUAUCAAAACCAGGUUAUUUUUCAAUAAUGAAAACAUUCACCCAACAACAAAAGUAUGUGGAAUGGUUUGUUCUGGAAUUCUCCACAUUGGGAUUCAUUGGUAAGCCGGGGCUUUCUUCAUUUUCUUCUUUUUUUUCCACUUCUCUUUUUUUCUCAUCUGUCUCCAUUCUUUUUUCUUUCUCUUUCAACAGCACCACACACACACAACCUCAAAACAGGAGAAAAAUGCAGUUAUGUGGAUGUAUUAAUGUGUGUAUGUUUACAUUUCAGAAACAUUGUACUCGGAUGAAGGAAGAAGUGCGUAGAAGAUACAAACCAUCUCUCUUUCAACAUAUUGGAAUUCAGUCAUCUUUGAAGGGUAAAAUUCAGAAGUUACAAGACAAAUAUUUUGGUAAGGAAGGUCUCUAUCGUGCCCAUAUCAACCCACAUGCAGUGGUCAGUACCACACUUAAAACCUACCAACAGUUCACAUUACAGAAAGCCUACUUGGGAGAGACAAUCUUCUGGGGUAUGAGCCCACUGCCUAAAGAUAUGGUCAAGUUUGAGUUUACACCACCCGUAGUUCUGGAAAGGUAAGUGGUUUUGUGUAUUCAUAUAUGUAAUAUGUAUAUCCAUACAUAGUAUGG